AUGACAGGUGAAGUAGGAGAUGGUCGGUUAGAUCAGAAACAAAUGUGGGGACGCAAUGUUUCCCCGCAAAUACCAUUACAGGGCGGCACCAUAAGUUGGAUAUACCAUCGGGACAUAUCCCACCGUUCCUUCUCCCUUCUCAUUUCCUCACAUUUCAUCCUCACCGUCCCAUCUGCUGACUGCGAACAACCCAUUGGAUACGCAGGGCAUGGGAUUCACAGCAUUGCCCCACACAGAGCCACACGUGAUGGACUUGUUCCUCACAUUGCCCUCAUAAAUUCUUUACCCUAA